GUUCUAUUCCCUGUUCCCAAAAGAUAGAUUUCAAUGUGAUGCACUAAAAUAAUUUUAUACAAUACAUUGUUAACAACUCAGUUGUACUUUCCUGAUUAUGCAGUAUGUGAUCGGGUGCUUGACGCAGUCCUCACCUUACCUCGCAGCACAAGAGGGCUUGUGCACUGGCGUUGGCUGCUGCCAGGUUGCACUCAGUAGCAGCCUGUCCUACCACAAUAUUUCCUUCAGCGAUGCUAAUGCAAGUGACAUGGAUGGCGAAAGGCAGUGCAGAUAUGCCAUGGUGGUGGAGGCCAACAAAUUUAGUUUCCACACAGCAUAUCUGAACGCGACAACCUUCUGGGAUGAGCACAGAGGUGAAGUUCCGAUGAUUCUAAACUGGUCCGUUGGCAAUGAGACUUGCGAUGUUGCCCAGAACGAUACGGCUUCCUACGCCUGCCGUAGCAGCAACAGUUACUGCAUCAAUUCAACCAGUCAUUCUGGUUAUCUCUGCAACUGCUCUGAAGGCUACCAAGGCAAUCCUUACCUUCCUGGUGAUGGCGGAUGUCAAGACAUCAAUGAGUGUGCCCUUAGCACACCUCCAUGCCCUGGGCGUUGCAUCAACACACAAGGCGGUUUCUACUGCCAGAACACAAAGAAUCAAAGCUUCUCACACUCUGGCGCAGCGAUAAUAUCUGUUGGCCUAAGUGUUACAGUUGUCACACUGGUCAUUGCCAUCACCUGCUCGUAUUUGAUCCGUGAAAGGAGGAAACUGGCCAACAUCAAGGAGAAAUACUUCCGACAACAUGGGGGCCUGCUACUGCUGGAGCAGAUAAGCUCAGGGCAAGGCACUACAUUCACAAUCUUCACAGAAGCAGAGCUCAUGGAGGCAACGGACCAGUUUGAUGAAAAGAAUGUUCUUGGCCGUGGUGGCCAUGGUACUGUUUACAAAGGCACUCUCAAGAACGGCAGUGCAGUUGCGAUCAAAAGGUGCAUAUCUAUGACUGAUGAGCAGCGCAAGAAAGAGUUCGGCAAGGAGAUGCUCAUUCUAUCCCAGGUCAACCACAAGAACAUCGUCAAGCUCCUUGGCUGCUGCCUCGAGGUAGAGGUGCCAAUGCUAGUCUAUGAGUUCAUCCCCAACGGCACACUGUUUCACUUCAUCCAUGGCAGCAAUGGCAGCCAUAACAUCCCCUUCUCCACUCGUUUGAGGAUUGCCCAUGAAUCUGCCCUAGCCUUGGAUUACCUACACUCAUGUGCGUCUCCGCCAAUCCUUCAUGGUGAUGUAAAAUCCUCCAACAUACUUCUUGACAAUAAUUACUCCGCUAAGGUAUCAGACUUCGGAGCAUCGAUAGUGGCACCAACUGAUGAGUCCCAAUUUGUCACUCUGGUGCAAGGGACCUGUGGGUACCUGGACCCGGAGUACAUGCAGACGUGCCAACUGACAGAUAAGAGCGACGUCUACAGCUUCGGCGUCGUUCUCCUGGAGCUGAUUACGGGCAAGAAGGCUCUCAACCUCGAAGGGCCUGAGAGCGAGAGGAGCCUUUCCAUGAGGUUCUUGUGCGCUAUGAAGGAGGGAAGGCUCGUGGACGUGAUAGAUGACCACAUCAAGGGUGAGGAGAACGAUGGGCUUCUCGAGGAGGUCGCCGACCUUGCGAGGCAAUGCCUGGAGAUGGCCGGUGAGAACCGGCCGGCGAUGAGAGACGUCGCUGAGAGGCUUGACAGGUUAAGGAAAGUGAUGCAGCACCCGUGGAUGCAGCGUGACCCCGAGGAGAUGGAGAGCUUGCUCGGAGUCAGGGAGCCGGCGGUGGCCGGUGUGGAGAUGGUCAGCACUAUGUUUGUCAUGGAGAAGAGCGUUGGUUUACUGGAGUUUGGGCGGUAGAUUUGAACCCAUAAAAUUUUGUUGAUUAUCCAUUUGCUUUUGAGAGGCAAAGUUGAUUGUUUCGGUUUGCUCGGUUAGUCUAGUUUUGUCCUUUCACUCUUUCUAGGAGAAAUAUGUGUAGCCCAAUCUUAUUAGCUUUUUGCUGGACUUCGUGUCCCCUUGUUCUGUACUCCUAGAAAGUAUAUGUAUAGUAGGCCUGAACAAAUAUUGCGAAAGUGCAAUCUUUAAGACACGAAACGCC